UAGUGCAGUUUCACAGUGACAACAGUAGCAACAAAGAAAAACAAACUUGAAUUUUCAUUUUUUUUUCUGUUUCUAAAAAAAUGUUAUCGCGUCAGUCGAGCUUCUGUUGACGCGUUUAAAGCGAUAGAGCUGCUUCAUUUCGGCGCUGAAGUGAAGUGUGUGGAAGUGCUGUAGACGAGCUGACUUAAACCCGCAACAACUGCAGGUAAACACCGGCGUCCUGACUCCUCUCAGGGAUCAUCAUAACAAUCUAAUAGUCAUCAAUAACGCCACAGUGAGCAGCAAUGUCAUUUGUCCAGCCGACCACAGAUACCACUCCCUUCUUUUCGGAUGAUGAUGGGGAAGGGACAGAUACAAAGAACGAGGAGCAGUCAGAUCAGCCAGAGGCAGAGUGCACGAGUGGAGUGUCCAAUAGGAGAGCGUUUAUGACCGUGAUUGUCCUCUGCUAUGUCAACUUGCUAAACUAUAUGGACAGAUUCACUGUAGCAGGUGUACUUCCUGAUAUUGAGAAAUUCUUCAACAUCAGUGAUGGCAAAUCUGGGCUGCUUCAAACCGUCUUUAUCUGCAGCUACAUGUUUCUUGCUCCAAUUUUUGGUUACCUGGGCGACCGGUACAACAGGAAGGCGAUCAUGUGUGUGGGCAUCAGCUUCUGGUCUUUAGUGACUUUAGCCAGCUCCUACGUCACCAAAGAUCAUUUUUGGGCAUUGUUGCUGACACGGGGGUUCGUUGGGGUCGGUGAGGCCAGUUACUCCACCAUCGCACCCACCAUCAUCGCAGACCUUUUCGUUAAGGAGAAGAGAACAGUCAUGCUCUCUGUUUUCUACUUUGCCAUCCCUGUAGGCAGUGGUCUGGGCUACAUAGUUGGAUCAGCAGUGGAUAAACAGGCAAAAGACUGGCACUGGGCUCUGAGGGUGACGCCUGCGUUGGGUCUUUUAGCGGUGGUGUUGUUAUUGUGUGUGGUGAAGGAGCCAAAGAGAGGUGCUAUAGAGGCUCGGCCCGAGCACACACUGCACAGGACCAGCUGGCUCUCAGACAUGAAGGCUCUCUUCAGGAAUAAGAGCUUCGUACUGUCGACCUUUGGUUUCACGGCAGUGGCUUUCGUCACAGGAUCGCUUGCUCUUUGGGCUCCUGCUUUCCUCUUCAGAGCAGCGGUCUUCACCGGAGAGAAGCAGCCAUGCAUCCAGGAGCCAUGUGACACCUCUGACAGUCUGUAUUUUGGAAUCAUCACAUGUGUGACGGGAGUGUUGGGUGUAGCAAUGGGUGUAGGUGUCAGUAAGCGUUUGAGGACGAGAACGCCACGUGCCGAUCCACUCGUGUGUGCUGCUGGCCUCCUCCUCGCUGCCCCCUUCCUUUAUCUGUCCAUCAUCUUUGCCCAGGGCAGCACCAUAGCUACCUAUGUCUUCAUCUUUUUUGGUGAGAUGUUCCUCUCAAUGAACUGGGCCAUUGUGGCUGACAUCUUGCUGUAUGUUGUCGUCCCCACACGGCGCUCCACUGCAGAGGCUUUUCAGAUUGUUCUCUCUCACCUGCUGGGAGACGCAGGCAGUCCCUACCUCAUAGGAGUGGUGUCAGACUCACUAAAACGCACAGACUCUUACAUGUGGCAGUUUCGCUCCUUGCAGCUCUCUCUCCUCCUCUGUUCUUUCGUUGCCGUGGUCGGCGGGGGUUUCUUCUUGGCCACGGCCCUUUUUGUUGAAAAAGACAGACAUGAUGCAGAGAGCUAUGUCCCUUCAGAUGAUGCACCAAUUAUCGUCCCUAAAAGAGGAAGAUCCACCAAGGUCUCAGUGUCGAGUGUUUUAAUUUGAGGACUUCUAGAGAACACUCACCACUCUGGGGGGAAAGGAGACGGAUAUACACGAGCUUAACACCACUGCUUAGUAAGGGGCGAAUAGGGUCACUGAUUGAAAUUUCACCCCUUCAGGGAUUUUUAGGUUAAUUUAUUAUAUGUAUUAUGUUUAUAUUAUUAACACUGUUACUAUUUUUGGGAGCAUGACUAACCAUGAGGAAGUGUGACAUGGCACUUUUGAAUGACUUGCUUUUCCUGGGAGGAAAAAAAAAUGCUGUCCAGCAUUUUGCAUUCCAGAACUGACAAAAGAGUUGUGUCUCUUACAGAGGAACGCUGAAGACUGUUAAUAAUAGGAAACAGUCUGGAAGAACUCAUCCAGGAAGGACUGUUUCUUUUUCUAUAUGUUAAAAAGCACAAAUUGUGUUUUAAACCUCAAGCAGAAAAGGAGAUUUUAACCUUUGUUGUUAACAUACAUUUCAGGUUGUUAAAUAAUUUAGCAGACAUGUACAGACUAAAAUAAAUGAACAGAUAUCAUUUUACUGUC